AAAAUUCAAAUGGCGAAGUUAGCAAAAGAAAUUUACGAUCAUCAUCUACGACCCGGCGCUUUAGAAGCGGUUAAUAUAAACAGCCAUACACGCCAAUAUGUACUAUGUAAUCUUCAAAAUCCUCCAUCUGAUCUUUUCGCACAAGCUGAAAAAGAAGUAUUUACGCUAAUGAAAUUCGACUGCUAUCAGAGAUUUUUGAAGUCUGAUUUAUUUGUAGAAUGCUUGACUGCUGAAAAGCUAGGAAAACCUUUGCCUUGCAGUUACAUGUCUGGUUCCAAAAGUCCAAGCAGUACUAGAUUUCGCAGUAAAAGUCGUGAUAGGAAUAGACUUCACACUUCCAAAAAAACAAAUUCAACUAAUUACAAUUCUGAGAAAAGAAUUGAUCUGAACUCUAUAGAAGAUGACUCUUGCACUCCCACUAGGAGAUCAUUUUUGACUUGCAAAAAGGAUAUUAGUGCUGUGUGGAACCGGUUACAAGACCGCCUCGAUGAUCAACGAACUGAACUACGUUGUAAUAUACCAGAACUUGUGCUUUGUAAAGAGACUAAUACUGUACUAUAAAGAAUUUCACAUUUUCACUCGCUGAAAGAUCAUUGAAGAAACUCUCCUCAGCAUACUGAUAAUGGAGUGUAAUUAGCAAAACCACUGUUUGCUAAAUGUAAAUAUUUAUGUAUUUUUAAAUUGUUUGCUGUCUUUACAGUAUAAAUUCUGUCCAUCUUUCAUUGCAGUCGCAGACGAUGUGUCGAACUAUAAAAUAUAAUUCAAAAAAUAAAAUUUUUUUCGUAAAAAAACUGA